UUUGGUUUAGUAAGGUUAACUGGCGUUGUGCGUUAAUCAACUCUUCGUACUGAUUGUGUACUGCAUGCACUACGGGAAGUGAAUCGUAAUGGUGAUCCAAAGGCUCAAAGUUCAACGUUACUCUCAGCUGGUGAUCGCCAGUGUCGCGGCACUAAGACAGACAACGAUUGCCCAGAGCUGGAGGAGUUGGCACAACUGGGGAUUCAACUUGCAGCUGCUAUUGCAGAGGCCGUACAUCUCGCGAUUGCUGCGAAUAAAGAAACUGAAGCAGCCCAUUGAAGCGAAACCGACGCGUAGAUCAUCUGAAGCAGCAGAGGCGGUGCCGAUCGCGUUAUUAGUAUCAUUUUCAUUGUUUUCCUCGGGUAGUGCCUCGAAAAAAGGAACCACCGAGCAGAGCAAGGCAACGAAAAUGGCCGAAGAAACUGCCAAAACCAUUGCGGAUACGAUCCAGCAUUCCGAUCAGCUGUUCGAUGAGAACAAUUUUCAGGAGGCAUACGAUUUGCUACAGAAGUGUUCUGAACAAGAAUCGUACGAGAUCAAAUGGCGUAUAGCUCGCACCCUGUACAAUUUAUCGAAGACCGUUCCAAGUCCAAAAAAGGAACAGCUGAUCCGCGAAAGUUUCCAAUAUGCCACCGAUGCUUUGGCGCUGAAUGACACCGAUUACGCCACGCACAAGUGGUACUCGAUUCUGCUGGAUGCUAAGAGCGGGUUAGAUGGAAUCAAAGAACGCAUCACUCAACUGGAAAACGUUAAAAAGCACAUGAAGAAAGCCGUCGAAAUUAACCCUAGCGAUGCGACCAGUUGGUUUAUUCUGGGUCAAUUCUACUACGGGUUGGCGGAACUGCCCUGGUACCAGAGGAAGAUUGUAUCGACUAUUUUUGCAACGCCACCCACCGGUACCUUCGAGGAGGCCUUGGAGUGCUUCGAAAAAGCCGAAAGUACCAAGCCCAACUUUUACUCGAUGAAUCACCUCAUGCUGGGGAAGACAUACCGUUCUUUGAAAAACAAUGAUAAAGCAAAAGAGUAUCUAACAUUGGCGGCUAACGUAAUUGUGCUGAACGAGGAUGAUAAACAGGCGAAGGAGGAAGCGGCCAAGCUGCUGAAAAAGCUGUAGAAUUUAGAGUUAGAUUUGGGAAACCAUGUUAUUUUCAACUACAAAAUCACGUGCAUAAGAAGGAAAGUUUCUAUAUUAUAUUUGGUAUAAAAGGUAGAA